CAAAAAUCCAAAAGCCACAAAAAGGAAAAAAAAGACUAUAUUUGUUCACAUGAGCCAAAAACAAAACGGGUCGGGUCGACGGGUUCUUACAUACCCGGCUGUACAUCCCUGCGAGUCUAUUUCUCCAACCACACUCCUCAACUCCUUAAUCAAUCUCGCCCACUUCAUUUCAUAUUCCAAACCCGAAUCCUUCACCACCAACAACCGAAACGCACGCGAAUCGGUUCGUCAAAUCCGGAUCCUCCAUAUUUUCCUCUCGGAGCUUCGAAACUCCCACCAGGAUCUUCCCGACUCUUUGGUCCUGGGCCUCUCGGAGCUCCACCUUACUUUCCAGAAGCUCCAGCACUUGUUACAAGACUGUUCUCGCAAAGACGCUAGGCUAUGGAUGCUAAUGAAUUCGGAGCGGGUGGCGAACCAGUUCCGACUCCUGACCCGAUCCAUCUCAACCGCCUUGGAAGUUUUACUCGUUCCGUUAGGGACAAUCGAGCUCUCACUCGAAGUCAUGGAGUACGUUGAGUUAAUACUAAAGCAGACGAGUAAAACACCGUACGAGGUCGAGCUAAACGAUAAGGCAACGAUGAACGAUGUUUUGUCGGUUCUGAAUCAGUUCGAGUACGAGGUUGUUCCAAACAAGAGUGUCCUCAAAAGGGUUCUCGAUUAUCUAGGAAUCGUGACGUGGGGCGAGUGUAACAGAGAAGUGAAGUUCUUCGAGACAGAAAUCGCAUUCGAAUCGACGAACGAGAAGAGAAAGGUCUGGUUUCUCAGCAGUUUAAUGUCGUUCAUGAGUUACUGUCGUUGCGUGGUUUUCGAAGUUGUCGAAGGCAACGAAGCCACAACCACGCGACAAUUCAGCAACAGAGAAACGAUCAGUGAGUUGCUGCGUUCUGUGAACUCGGACGAUUUUCGGUGUCCGAUUUCACUCGAAUUCAUGGUGGACCCUGUGACAUUAUCAACUGGGCACACCUACGAUCGCUCGUCCAUUAUGAAAUGGUUUAAAGCUGGGAAAAAGAUCAAGACUUGUCCCAAGACGGGUCAGAAGUUGGUUGAUUCAGAAUUGGUUCCGAAUUUGGUGCUAAAGAGGUUGAUUCAGCAGUACUGUUUGGAAAAUGGGAUACCAGUUGCGGCGGAAUCGGUGUCAGGUCGAAAGAAUCGUGACGUGGCGGCUGCGGCGGAGGCGAGGAGUUUGGUGGCUGAGAGGGUGAUGAGAAUGGUGGCAAGUUACGUUGUGGAAAGAGUUGAGGUUGGAACAGAGGAAGAGAAGAACAGGGCUGUUUAUGAAAUCAGGGUUCUUUCGAAAACAAGCGGUUUUAAUCGGGCUUGUUUGGUGGAAUCCGGCGUGAUUCCUCAUUUGUUGAGGCUGUUGAAGAAUGUUUCGAUACAGGAGAAUGCUAUUGCGGCGUUGUUGAACCUUUCGAAGUGUUCGAAAAGCAGGGUUGUGAUUGGGGAAUGUGGUGGUGGGGUGGGAUUGGUUGUGGAUGUGAUGAAGAAGGCAGUGAACUUAUCAGUUAGGCAGCAUGGUGCUGGUGUGCUGUUUUACCUCGCGUCGGUUGAGGAGUGCCGGAGAUCUGUGGGGGAAAAUCCAGAGGCAAUUCCUGGUUUGAUUGAGUUGAUUAAAGAGGGAAAUGAUCGUGGGAAAAAGAAUGCAUUGGUGGCGAUCUUUGGACUGCUUUUGCACCAUGAAAAUCAUUGCAGGGUGGUUGCGGCUGGGACGGUGCAAGUGUUGGUUAAUCUCUUGAAGUGUUGUGAUAGAGAAGAUCUUGUCACGGAUUCUCUUGCAAUUCUAGCAACUCUUGCAGAGAAACAUGACGGAACAGUUGCUAUUUUGCGUGGUGGGGAUUUGAAUUUGAAUUUGAUUGUGGCGAUUCUUGAUUCUGAUUCCUGUACUUCAAAGGCAGGAAAGGAGUACUGUGUGUCUUUGUUGCUGGCUCUAUGCCUAAAUGGUGGCGCAGAUGCGAUUGCUCUUUUGGUAAAGAUCCCUUCUCUUAUGGAAUCAUUGUAUUCCCUACUCAGUGAAGGCACAUCUCGAGCAAGCAAAAAGGCCAGUACUCUCAUCAGGGUUCUACAUGGUUUUUAUGAAAGUAGACCCUCUGGCUCAAUGAGUCCAAUUCUUCCACAAGAACGAUUCGUUCACGCAUGGUAAUCCCCACUUUUUUUUUUCACGUUCCAAAAGAAGAACCCAACUUUUUUCGGGUUUUCUUUUAUUAUUUAUUCUUUUUUAGCAUCUGUCAAAUGUAAAUACAUACCCUUGCUUUUCUUUCCAGUUUGAUUUUUGUGGUAUUAGCUCGGUUUUUAGAAGGGCUAAUAGCUAUAUGAGCUUCUGUAUUUUUUUAUGAAGCUUUUGUACAAAAGUAAUAUUGUAUUCAAGUUCUUUUUUCCAGGUUAAUACCGAUAAGAUUGUGUUAA